GUGAGGAUUUUAUUUGUUACUGCGUUGAAUGUUGUUUUAUCCACUUAUCCCAGAAAAUAUUGAAAUAAAAACUGCAAAUAGCUUUAAGCCUUUGUUAAUAGUGAUUCUUUGUUGAGUCAAGGGCCAAAAUUUGAAGUGAGGUGAGAAAAGCUCAAACAGGAUUGUGCUGCGCCAACAAGCAAUAAGUGUAAGGGAGGCUAGUGAUGAGACGAGCACCCUUGUGCUAGGAUGAGCACUCGACGAGUGUAGAUCCUGCUUAGUUUUGUUGAUUGUGCUCAGAAGAGCAUGUGAGAUGCUCGUCCGAGCACAUGUGGUAAGUGGGAUUAAUUAUGCAGAUUUUUCCAAAAACAUUACUAGAUGGAGGGGAAUAUAAAAACCCAAUCAGAGAGACAAGUGCCUCCAAGAGCGUUCUAGAGAGAGAACAAGAAGGGAAUCACCAGUGGAUAGGAAAUAAUCUGUAAGAGCUCCUGUGACAACUGAAAUGAAGAUUUCUCUAUUGAGAGUUUGAGAAUGAACCCAUAAAAGAACUUGAGAGCUGAGUUGGGUGUCCCCAUAGAGGGAGAGAUAGCUACAUAACAAGCUAGAGAGAGCUAAUAACAAGCUAGAGAGAGCUAAGAGUGCUAAUUUCACUUUUUUUCUAUCAAUGUAACUCUUGAUUUAUAGUUUUUUGGUUUCAGAAUAUAACGGAGUAAAGUAAAAUGGCUCAUUGAACCAUGUGCACUUCUUAUUUAUGUGAAGUUGCACAUGACGUUUGCUACCAAGGGUUUGUCAAAACCUCUUUGUUAGUUUUAUCAUUAACGGAGUAAAGUAAAAUGGCUCAUUGAACCGUGCGCACUUAAUGACACUCUAAAUCUUGGUGUCCACAGAUAGGGGUAUCCUAGUUCUAUAACUUUACAAUUACAGUGUCCAUGACAGGUUGAACUCCUUCCACUAUCGUUGUUGUAGUGGUCUUGUUUCCGUCCUUGAGAUGCAUCUCUGCCGACAUUCAUUUGUCUAUGUUACAACUUAUCUCAGUGUCAAAUAGAUAGUAUAUAGUAAUUUUGAAGAAAACUAUGGUCAAUGUUUUCAAAUUUUCACUCCAAGAAUGCAACCCAGUGACAAUGUUCCCUAGAGAGUUGCAUAAAGUAUACAAUAAUUUUAUGGAAUUCAAGAGCUAUCUGAACCACACAAAUGAUGGUAGGGCUUUUAUCCAAGAAGGGGUGGAUAUUGAAUCUUUGGGCAAGCAGUUUUGGCCUAUGAGAGAUUUGCUUGUAGGGACAGCAAAGACUUGCAUUUAUUGAGGAAUACAAGGUCACUUUUUAUCUGCAAGUAGGCAAUGAUUUUGAUUUAAAUUAUUUGUGCGAACAAUAUGAAGAACGUUGAGAAUCAUAUAUACAGUGUUCCAAAAAAAUUCUAAAAUAACUUUCUCACUAUGCUUUGAAGUUUGAAGUUUGAACAAAUAUGAUGCUCCAACAUUGGUUUGUCUUCGAUGUUUGAUGGAGAGCUCACUGGCCCCAUUUGUUGUAUGGAUCCUCAAGUGAUAAGGUCCUUUUCUGCCUUGGGAUAUCCAUCGGUGUGAUGUCUAAUCUGAUAGCUAACAAAGCGGAAGAGGAAAAGUUGAAGGACCGCUUGAAGGAAAGUGAAAAUUUGGCUCAAGAUCUUCAGGAAGAACUGGAGAUGAAAGAUUCUUUAACUGUUAAAGAGCUUGUUAAUGACGAUGACUCACAGGAUACACAUGAAAGUUCAAAUAGUCAUGAGAAAAUAAGUUUGUUCUCCAACCAAACAGAUAGUGGUGUGCCAAUAGGAUAUGAUGAUGAAGAAUCAGUAAGUUUGGAGAAAAUUGAGUCAUUGAGUAAAAUUGAAGCCGAACUUGAAGCUGAACUGGAAAGGCUGGAGCUAAGCAUGAAAGGAUCAAGUCUGCAAGAAGGAAAAUCAGAUGCUUUUGAGUUUUACCAGGAUACCGAUCAGGAUGUCAGUGCAGAAUUGGUGCAAGGUGAACUAAAUGCUGAUAUUUUCGGAGGAAAAUCCAGCUCAGAAGUAACCCCUGAUCGAGGCUCAACCCCUCAAUAUGUACAAGAGGGUGUGUCACCUCAUGAGCUGAGCUUGCGCCUGCAUGAAGUCAUUCAAUCAAGACUACAACAGCGAAUCAUGGAGCUUGAGGCUGAACUUGUAAAAAGCCAGAAAAGGAUACAGCGCUUGGAAUCUGAGAAGAACAAUUGGAGAGAUGUUUCUCGGAGUGAAUCGUCAUCUAACAUGGGCAGCCCUGUGGCACGGCCUCUUAAAAUGAAUCCGUCAGGGGACGCAAUUGGUGCCUAUAAUGAAAUUCAUGGUGAACUUAGCAAGAUAAAUGGAUCGCAAAAUGCGGGUUCCUGGAUUCAUGAUGGUAAUCAAGAAGAUGAUACACGACUCUCUUCCGAUCAGGGAAUGAAAAAGAAGCUAAAUCCGAAUCAAAAUGGUGGAAAUAGAAUAUUACCAAAUGAAAGCAGCCAAAAUAAGGAUGACGACAGAGAUGAUGAUGAUGAUAAUGAUUUGCUAUUAAUAAAACACAUCGUUGAGAAAGCUAGGCAAGGCUCUCCGGCUAUUUUAAAGGCGCAAAAGGCUAUGCUAUGGCUUAAUAAAGAUAACUAGACUCGGUGGAAUAUAAUUCUUUUGGUACGUUGUAUAAAAGGAUCUCACUUGUGUCGUGUAGAGUUUUAGAUAUUUUAGGACAUAUCCCGGCUUCUUCUACGCCUAAGGCGAUAACUUCACGCCGGAAGAGCAGUGAUAAGCUAAUAGUCAUUUUCAGUUUUUGUCCAAAUUACAGAUUUUGCGGCUAAUUUGUAUUCACAAACAGCUAAUAACCCUUAAAUCUUAGUGGUGUUCUCAA